AUAACCAGGCUGCAUCUGCAGGGAGAUAAAAGUGAAGUUUGCCUUUUGUGUCUGUCCGGGCAGUGGGACAGCAGCACCAAUGGAGCUGUGUGGACAUGACACAUGGGAAUUUCUGACAUAUCUUUUCCCACUCUGACCUUGACAGACACAAUAAAAAGGGGCUUUGCAGCAUGCACACAGCCACUCAGUCCUAUCACUAAGCGUUCAGGUGUCUUUCAUUCUUCUUUUGCUGUUGCCAAGUCCUCCUCCAGCCAGACAAGAUGUCUAUGCUGGACAUGAGCGAGUUUGGGGAGGCUGCUGAAUACCUCCGGAAAAGCUACACAGAGCAGCUGAAGCUUCAGACGAUCCCAUUUGAUGGGAAGAAGCGUGCCUGGAUACCGGAUGAGAAAGAAGCUUACAUUGAAGUGGAAAUCAAAGAAAGCACCGGUGGCAAAGUCACUGUGGAAACGGAAAGAUAAGACCAAACACGGGUGGUGAAGGAGGAUGAGCUGCAGCCCAUGAACCCCCCCAAGUUCGACAUGAUCGAAGACAUGGCCAUGCUGACGCAUCUCAACGAGGCCUCCGUGCUCUACAACCUCAAGCGCCGCUAUUCCCACUGGAUGAUCUACACCUACUCGGGGCUCUUCUGCGUCACCAUCAACCCCUACAAAUGGCUGCCGGUCUACACUGCGCCCGUGGUGGCGGCCUACAAGGGGAAGCGGCGCUCUGAGGCUCCACCACACAUCUACUCCAUCGCCGACAACGCCUACAACGACAUGCUGCGCAACCGCGAGAACCAGUCCAUGCUCAUCACCGGAGAAUCUGGUGCUGGUAAGACUGUAAACACCAAGCGGGUCAUUCAGUACUUUGCCAUUGUCGCAGCCUUGGGCGACACACCGGGCAAGAAAUUAGCAGCUCUUGCCACUAAAACUGGGGGCACCCUCGAAGAUCAAAUCAUUGAGGCUAACCCAGCUAUGGAAGCUUUUGGCAAUGCCAAAACCAUAAGGAAUGACAACUCCUCACGUUUUGGCAAGUUCAUCCGCAUCCAUUUUGGCCCCUCAGGGAAGUUGGCCUCUGCGGACAUCGACAUCUAUCUUCUGGAAAAAUCAAGAGUGAUUUUCCAGCAACCCAAAGAGCGAAGCUACCAUAUCUACUACCAAAUCCUCUCUGGAAAGAAACCAGAGCUGCAAGACAUGCUGCUGCUCUCCCUCAACCCCUACGAUUACCACUUCUGCUCUCAGGGUGUAACAACUGUGGACAACUUGGAUGACGGCGAGGAGCUCAUGGCAACAGAUCAUGCCAUGGACAUCCUGGGCUUCAGCAACGAUGAGAAAUACGGCUCCUAUAAAAUAGUGGGCGCUAUCAUGCACUUUGGCAACAUGAAGUUCAAACAGAAGCAGCGGGAAGAGCAGGCAGAGGCUGACGGCACUGAAAGUGCUGACAAAGCUGCCUACCUCAUGGGGAUCAGCUCAGCUGACCUCAUCAAGGGGCUGCUCCAUCCUCGUGUGAAAGUGGGCAAUGAGUACGUGACCAAAGGUCAGAACGUGGAGCAGGUUGUCUAUGCUGUGGGAGCCCUGGCUAAAGCCACUUAUGAUCGUAUGUUCAAGUGGCUGGUGACUCGGAUCAACAAGACCCUGGACACCAAGUUGGCCAGGCAGUUCUUCAUUGGAGUACUGGACAUUGCAGGCUUCGAGAUCUUUGAUUUCAACAGCUUUGAGCAGCUGUGCAUCAACUUUACUAAUGAGAAGUUGCAGCAGUUCUUCAACCACCACAUGUUUGUCCUGGAGCAAGAAGAAUACAAGAAGGAAGGCAUCGAAUGGGUCUUCAUUGACUUUGGCUUGGACCUACAGGCUUGCAUUGACCUGAUUGAGAAGCCAAUGGGAAUCCUGUCCAUCCUCGAAGAGGAGUGCAUGUUCCCCAAAGCCUCUGACAUGUCGUUUAAAGCUAAGCUCUACGACAACCACCUUGGGAAGUCACCCAACUUCCAGAAACCCCGGCCUGAUAAGAAGCGGAAAUACGAGGCUCACUUUGAGCUGGUGCACUAUGCUGGUGUGGUGCCGUACAACAUCAUUGGGUGGCUGGACAAAAACAAGGACCCCCUGAAUGAGACAGUGGUGUCUGUCUUCCAAAAAUCCCAAAACAAGCUCCUGGCCUCUCUCUAUGAGAACUAUGUGGGCUCCAGCUCAGAGGAACCUCACAAACCAGGGGCCAAGGAGAAACGUAAGAAGGCAGCUUCCUUCCAAACAGUGUCCCAGCUACACAAGGAGAACCUCAACAAGCUGAUGACCAACCUCCGCUCCACCCAGCCCCACUUUGUCCGCUGCAUCAUCCCCAAUGAGACAAAGACCCCAGGAGCCAUGGAUGCCUUCCUGGUGCUGCACCAGCUGCGGUGUAACGGUGUCCUUGAAGGUAUCCGCAUCUGCCGUAAGGGAUUUCCCAACAGGAUCCUCUAUGCAGACUUCAAGCAGCGCUACCGUAUUCUGAACCCAGCAGCCAUUCCAGAUGACAAGUUUGUGGACAGCAGAAAGGCCACAGAGAAGCUGCUGAGCUCUCUGGAACUGGAUCACUCCCAGUACAAGUUCGGUCAUACCAAGGUGUUUUUUAAGGCUGGUUUGCUGGGCUUGCUGGAAGAGAUGCGAGAUGAGCGCCUGGCCAAGAUCCUGACCAUGCUGCAGGCCAGGAUCCGUGGGCACCUCGCGCGCAUUGAGUAUCAGAAGAUCAUCAGCAGGAGGGAAGCCCUCUAUACCAUCCAAUGGAACAUCCGAGCCUUCAAUGCUGUUAAGAACUGGUCCUGGAUGAAACUGUUCUUCAAGAUCAAGCCUUUGCUGAAGUCUGCUCAGACUGAGAAGGAAAUGUCCAACUUGAAGGAGGAGUUCCAGAAGCUGAAGGAGGCUCUGGAGAAGUCAGAGGCAAAGAGGAAGGAGCUGGAAGAGAAGCAGGUCUCCAUGAUCCAGGAGAAGAAUGACCUGGCUCUCCAGCUACAGGCAGAGCAAGACAACCUGGCAGAUGCAGAGGAACGUUGUGACCUGCUGAUCAAGUCCAAGAUCCAACUGGAGGCCAAGGUGAAGGAGCUGACAGAGCGUGUGGAAGAUGAGGAGGAGAUGAACUCAGACCUCACUGCCAAGAAACGCAAGCUGGAGGAUGAGUGUGCAGAGCUGAAGAAAGACAUUGAUGAUCUUGAGAUCACACUGGCCAAGGUGGAAAAGGAGAAGCAUGCCACCGAGAACAAGGUUAAAAACCUGAUCGAGGAGAUGGCUGCUCUGGAUGAGAUUAUUGCCAAGCUGACCAAAGAGAAGAAAGCACUACAAGAAGCCCAUCAGCAGGCCCUGGAUGACUUACAGGCUGAGGAAGAUAAGGUCAACACGCUGACCAAAGCCAAGGUCAAACUGGAACAGCAAGUGGAUGAUCUGGAAAGCUCUCUUGAGCAAGAAAAGAAAAUCCGCAUGGACCUGGAAAGAGCUAAGAGGAAACUUGAAGGAGAUCUGAAGCUGACACAGGAGUCUGUGAUGGAUCUGGAGAAUGACAAACAGCAACUGGAGGAGAAACUCAAAAAGAAAGACUUUGAAAUGAGUCAGCUGAACUCAAGGAUUGAGGAUCAGCAAGUGACUGAGGCCCAGCUGCAGAAGAAGAUCAAGGAGCUCCAGGCCCGUAUUGAGGAGCUGGAGGAGGAGCUGGAGGCUGAGCGCGCAGCUCGAGCCAAGGUGGAGAAACAGCGGGCAGAAGUGUCCCGGGAGCUGGAGGAGCUGAGCGAGCGGCUGGAGGAGGCUGGUGGAGCCACGUCGGUGCAGCUGGAGCUCAACAAGAAGAGGGAGGCUGAAUUCCUGAAGCUGAGGAGGGACCUGGAGGAGGCGACGCUGCAGCACGAGUCCACGGCGGCUGCCCUGCGGAAGAAACACGCAGACAGCGUGGCUGAGCUGAGCGAGCAGAUCGACAACCUGCAGCGUGUCAAGCAGAAGCUGGAGAAAGAGAAGAGCGAGAUGAAGAUGGAGGUGGACGACCUGUCAUCCAACAUCGAAUACCUCACCAAGAACAAGGCCAAUGCUGAGAAGCUGUGCCGCACCUAUGAGGACCAGCUGAGCGAAGCCAAGUCCAAGGUGGAUGAGCUGCAGCGGCAGCUGAAUGAUGUGAGCGCGCAGCGGGGCAGGCUGCAGACUGAGAAUGGGGAGCUGAGCCGGCUGCUGGAGGAGAAGGAGUCCUUCAUCAACCAGCUGAGCCGUGGCAAGACCUCGUUCACACAGACCAUUGAGGAGCUCAAGAGGCAACUAGAGGAGGAGACCAAGAGCAAGAAUGCCCUGGCACAUGCCCUGCAAGCAGCCCGCCAUGACUGCGACCUGCUGCGGGAGCAGUACGAGGAGGAGGUGGAGGCCAAGAGCGAGCUCCAGAGGAACUUGUCCAAGGCCAAUGCUGAGGUGGCCCAGUGGAGAACCAAAUACGAAACAGAUGCGAUCCAGAGAACAGAGGAGCUGGAGGAAGCCAAGAAGAAGCUGGCCAUUCGGCUGCAGGAAGCGGAGGAGGCUGUGGAGGCAGUCAAUGCCAAGUGUUCCUCCUUGGAGAAGACCAAGCACCGGCUGCAGAAGGAGAUCGAGGACCUCUCGGUGGACCUGGAGCGAGCCAACUCUGCCUGUGCUGCCCUAGACAAGAAGCAACGCAACUUCGACAGGAUCCUGGCCGAGUGGAAGCAGAAAUAUGAGGAGACUCAGGCAGAGCUGGAGGCGUCGCAGAAAGAGUCACGCAGCCUGAGCACGGAACUCUUCAAGCUCAAGAAUGCUUAUGAGGAAUCUCUGGACAACCUGGAGACCCUCAAGAGGGAGAACAAGAACCUGCAGGAGGAAAUUGCUGAUCUUACUGACCAGAUAAGCAUGAGCGGCAAAACUAUCCAUGAGCUGGAAAAGCUGAAGAAAGCCCUGGAGAAUGAGAAGAGCGAUAUCCAGGCAGCGCUGGAGGAGGCUGAGGGAGCCCUGGAGCAUGAGGAGAGCAAGACGCUGCGCAUCCAGCUGGAGCUGAACCAGAUCAAGGCUGAUGUGGACAGGAAGCUGGCGGAGAAGGAUGAGGAGUUUGAGAACCUGAGGCGCAACCAUCAGCGUGCCAUGGACUCCAUGCAAGCCACACUGGAUGCUGAAGCUCGGGCCAAGAAUGAGGCUGUCCGGCUGAGGAAGAAGAUGGAAGGAGACCUAAAUGAGAUGGAGAUCCAGCUGAGCCAUGCCAACCGCCAGGCUGCUGAGUUCCAGAAACUGGGCCGCCAGCUGCAGGCCCAGAUCAAGGACCUGCAAAUCGAGCUGGAUGACACCCAGCGUCAGAACGAUGAUCUGAAGGAGCAGACAGCAGCCCUGGAACGCCGCAACAACCUCCUGCUGGCGGAGGUGGAGGAGCUGCGGGCUGCCCUGGAGCAGGCUGAGAGGAGCAGGAAACUGGCAGAGCAGGAGCUGCUGGAGGCCACCGAGAGGGUCAACCUGCUCCACUCACAGAACACCGGCCUGAUCAACCAAAAGAAGAAGCUGGAGACCGAUAUCUCCCAGCUGAGCAGCGAGGUGGAGGAUGCUGUGCAGGAGUGCCGCAAUGCUGAGGACAAGGCCAAGAAGGCCAUUACGGAUGCUGCUAUGAUGGCAGAGGAGCUGAAGAAGGAGCAGGACACGAGCGCGCACCUGGAGCGGAUGAAGAAGAACAUGGAGCAAACCAUCAAGGACCUGCAGAUGCGCCUGGACGAAGCGGAGCAGAUUGCUCUCAAGGGGGGCAAGAAGCAGAUCCAGAAGCUGGAGGCCAGGGUGCGUGAGCUGGAGGGAGAGCUGGAUGCGGAGCAGAAGAAGAUGGCUGAAGCCCAGAAAGGCAUUCGCAAGUAUGAGCGGAGGAUUAAGGAGCUGAGCUACCAGACUGAGGAAGACCGUAAGAACCUGACCCGGAUGCAAGAUCUGAUUGACAAGCUGCAAAGCAAAGUCAAGAGCUACAAGCGCCAGUUUGAGGAGGCAGAGCAGCAGGCCAACUCCAACUUGGCCAAGUUCCCCAGGGCACAGCACAUGCUGGAUGAGGCAGAGGAACGUGCUGACACGGCUGAGUCCCGUAACAAGCUGCGUGCCCGCACCAAGGAGGUCAUCACCUUCAAGCACGAGUAG